GUGCAUUCUUCGCGUAUUCAUGACACUGACGUAGCCGUUCUAGUAUGGCGUCUAUCAUGGGGUUACAGCAGCCAGCUGCAUCCCAGGAUACCGUGGAUUACAGUGGAUACUUGCAGUCCUCGCAGUGCCAUCAGAUACAUGGAAACCAGGCGACCGGGCAGAUCCAAUCUGCCCAGAAAUCACCGUCCAAUGACCACAAUAACAGCUUUACCAGCACCAAAGGUUUACUCAAUGGACCUGGCCAGAACAACUGCUUCCUCAACAGCGCUGUCCAGGUGUUAUGGCACCUCGACAUCUUCCGGCGGAGCUUCAGGGAGCUUUCAGGACACGCCUGCAUGCGGGAAUCCUGCAUCUUCUGCGCCCUCAAGGACCUGUUCUCGCAGCUCCAGUUUUCGCAAGAGAGCGCGUUGCCGCCCGAUACGCUGCGUCGCGCUCUGGCCGAGAGUUUUCUCGAUCAGCAGAGGUUUCAGCUUGGAUUCAUGGACGACGCAGCGGAAUGUUUCGAAAACAUUCUCCUGCGUAUACACCUCCACAUCGCCAGCGGCGAGGCGGAGGACAUGUGCAGCGCGAGACACUGCGUGCCGCACCAGAAGUUCGCCAUGACGCUCGUCGAGCAAAGCGUUUGCGGCGCUUGCGGUGCCACAUCGGAGCCACUGCCUUUUACACAGAUGGUCCAUUAUGUGUCAGCGUCAGCAUUAACGUCGCAAGCGAGGCAGACACCGCCGAAUUCCCGCAACAGCCCGGAUCUCUUCGGUCAGCUUCUUCGAAAAGCUGGUGGUAUGGGCGACAUCCGGGACUGUCCGAGUUCCUGUGGAGCAAAAAUCCAAAUCUGCAGGACGCUGAUGAACAGACCGGAAAUCGUUUCCGUCGGGGUCGUAUGGGACAGCGAACGACCAUCGUUGGAGCACAUCAUGGACGUUUUCGCGACCGUGGGAACGUCCCUCCGGCUGAGUGACGUUUUCCACAGUGUGGUAGACUCCCGGUGGGGUGCUUCGACCGUGCACAAUCUCGUAGGAGUCGUCACAUAUUACGGGAAACACUAUUCCACCUUCUUCUUUCACACUAAACUCAAGGUCUGGAUCUACUUCGACGAUGCGACCGUCAAGGAGAUUGGUCCACGUUGGGAGCAGGUCGUGGAGAAGUGCAGAAGAGGCAGAUAUCAGCCUCUACUGCUGCUGUACGCGACGCCCGGUGGUACGCCAGUUAACACUGAGAACGCUCCAAAAACAGUGACGCCGUUCCCGAAUGGGAACGGUUUGAAGACACCCCCGAAGAAUAACGUUCGUCGAUCCAUCACCCCCAGUCCGGAAAAACCGUCCAUCAACAGCACUGCUAGACGUGCCAUCACACCGAACCCUGACAGCCCUCCUCAUCCUUACACGCAACGGAGGAUUUACAGCGAUUACCAGAACCUCACUGACAUUCAGAACAACAUCUUCGGGAAUCAAGGUGUCGAUGCAGUGGACGGUGAUGUGGAGGCAAAGUAUAUCAGUCGUCGCGCUGUGGAAACGGUAAUGCAACAACAGAAGAAGCAACAAAUGCAGCUGACGCGUAGUCUCAGCGCAGGAUCGACGCCGCAGGACGGCAUCAGUAUUCCGGAUCAUUUGAAUGUGCCACGGAGACGAGAUUCUGGAAAUUGGUCUGGUGACCGUAAUAGUGCGUCCUCGAGUUCUUCAACGACGAUGGACAAUCCGUAUCUGUACAUCGUGAAUAAAAUGCAGAGGAACUCGGGAGUACCUAAGAGCCCGACCAGCAAGUCUGGAGAGCUCUCUAGUAGCAGCAGUGGCCAUUACGAUGCUGGAUACGACUCGUAUUCUUUGUCGUCUACGGAUAGCCUUCCUCUCCAGCAGGGUCUAAAGCAUAACCUACAGCUUGCUCAGAUCCCGGAAGGCUACCAAGCUGCCUCAGGUGACGAUUGCGAACGUCUGUGCAAAGAGACCGACGCGUUGUUGGAUAAAUCCCGAGCAGCCGAAGAUGCUGGUGACCUCAGUACUGCAGUAGCUUUGUGUAGCGCUGCCAGCAGCAAAGCUAGAGCCGCCAUGGACGCGCCAUACAAUAAUCCGCACACGAUUACAAUUGCAAGGAUGAAGCACAAUACGUGUGUCAUGAGAACGAGAAGCUUGCACAGAAGAAUAUUGCAGGAGCAGGCGACUGCUAAUGGAGAAAAAGAAGAAGGCGCGCCUGAAGGCAGACAUUCGCGAGAGAACAGUAAAUCUAGCCAACACUCCCGACAGAGUUCAAGGGAUAAGGGGAAUCAUUCCAGGCAGAACAGCCGUGAGCUUCUGGCGAACACACCAGCCUCUGUCACGGACAAGCCUGCUGCGAAAAGCAUCGAGAUCUACGCCACUCUUCCCAAGAAGAAGACGCUACGGAGUAAAGCGACAGCGGUGAACGUGAUAGAGGACGAAGAGUACAUGCUGUACGAUAGACCCGUUCAGAGAACAGGAUUAUUUAGUCGCGCAAAGCGUUGCGACGAUGACAAGAAGGAUAAGAAACGAGCUCGCAGCGAAGAGAGGAACAAGAACGUCUCGAAGGACUUCUCUAUAGCUCCGUCACGAUCCUCGCCUUCCCCUAAGGGGGCGAAAGUAGAAAAGUCUAAAGACAGUGUUGACGCACCUGGUAACAACGCACGAAAUUCUCAGCCAAGCAAUGUUAACGGCGAGCAGAAGCAGGGCAAGAAGCAGCACAAGAUUCGCAGGAAACUGCUGAUGGGUGGAUUGAUCAAGAGGAAAAACAGAAGCAUGCCGGAUCUGCGGGAAGGACAGGACGGUCAAACGAGUGUCAGUGUCGAGGGAUCCUCGAACACCUUGCCGAAGCAGUCCGUGGACGAUUCCAGCGUUGGUUUGAAGGGCAACGAAGUGUGCCAGUCUCUGAGCGGUUACUUGUCAGAGGGUCACUUGGAGUUCACCGGGAACAGCAACGGUAACCCUGGCAACACGAGCAACCCAAACCUCGAGAGAAGUCGUCUGAUGAGGAAGAGCUUCCACGGAAGCGCUGGUAAAGUGUUACACGUAGCGAAGGUACCUCCGCCUCCUCCGCUCAGGACCACUUCUCAGCUUAGCAAGUCUAAGUGUUCGGGUGAAGUGCACAACGAGCAGCAGUCAGAGAAGUCCAUGUAUCCAAGCGAGGGACAGUGUUCCUCUAACCCAACGCAAGAACAGAAUGGAGCUUAUUGGAACCACAUGAACACGAGUAAUUCGUCUAACGGGAAUAACAGAACUACAAACUAUACCGACUACUCGUCAGAGUCACACUCUCUCCCGUUUUUACCUUCCUACAGCAUGGAACAGAGUACUACCAAUGUCUCCACAUCCUGUCAGAGUUAUAACAACAAACCUCGAAUUCAGGAUGACGUGGUGCAGUACGCUAAUGGAAUCUUGUAUGAACCUACGUUCGUGGUAACCAGGGCUGAUGUGCACAACGAGCAGAGUCCUGUGAAGCAGCCGAGUCAAGGAGAUAUGUUGCCCCCGUAUCCUGAAAAUGGAAAUGUAUCCCACUCGAGACAGCCUAGCGAAGACUUCCCUCCUCCGCCGUAUCCUUCGAUUCACUCUGUGUCCCAUUCGAGACAGGCCAGUGAAGACUUUCCUCCGCCGCCACCACCGAUCGAGGACAGUCCAAAUCAUAGCCAAGAAACCCAGCAGCAGUACCAGCAACAACAGUACCAGCAGCAACAGUACCAACAGCAGCAGUAUCAGCAGCACCAGUAUCAACAACAGCAGUAUCAGCAACAGCAGUACCAGCAGCAACAGUAUCAACAACAGCAAUAUCAACAACAACAAUAUCAGCAACAACAGACGACAAUUUUAAUGCAACAGCGUCAGCAACAGUUGGACAACCAACAAAUCAGCACUUUGUUGACGCAGUUGCAAAUCAAGCGGGAUCAGAUAUUAGCUUCCAAAGCUAGGGAAGACAGAAUGCCGGAUGAACAAGAAGAAGAGGAGAAAUCUUCCAGCGAAACUUGGCUUCGUGAGUUACAAGCCAAGCAAGCUGAAAGACGGAUGAAGAAGCAGAAUCCUUUGGAUCAGGAUAUCCCGAAAGUCAGGGCACCUGCUCCGACGACGACAGGUCCGACGGUUGCAAGGAGGACCAGUGAUCUGAUGAUGAACAGUUUGGGGCAACCUUACGGUGAUGCUGGUCGUGAUGUUCCGGAUUGUCCUCGAGUUGUUUCUUCCGUGAAAGAUAUGGCAGCCAGGUUCGAACAGAUUAAACUGCAACCGGUUCCGAAAACGGAAUCAGAACAGAAGCUUCCAGGGAAGCAGAACACGAACUGCGCAUCGCCUUCGCCAUUGAUGGAUGUUCCCCAAGACGGUCAACAGGUGGAAGAGUCAAGACCACUGCAACUGUCGACAGAAAAUCUGGCGGCUUUCUCAAAACCUGAGACUCCGUCGAGUCAAUCGAUCUUGAAUUCUAGCUUUGAAUCGAGUUCGAGCCAAAACACGUUCAUCUCUACCGCAGCACCUAGCAAUCCCAUGAAUACGCAACCGAGUGGUCUAAACGCUGCGCUUAUGUCGAUGUCCCUAACGCUACCCCAUGAGAACGGUCUGCCAGUUGAUUAUCCCGAAGACGACAUCAGCGAAGUUGCUAUGCAGAAUACUAUUCAGAACACGACAAUUCUGCCAAACGAAGACGACAUUGCUCCCCGGAAGGUGAAACGAAGAAUAGGCAAAAAGAAAAGCGUGUCGUUCUGUGACCAAGUUGUUCUCGUGGCAACCGCGGAGGAUGACGAAAAAGACUCUUACAUACCGAACCCUAUCCUAGAAAGGGUACUUCGAUCGGCGAUGAAUAAGCCAGAGACUGCCCAAGUUUUGCGAGAAAUCAGGAGUCUGCAGGAGGCAGAACUGAACCGCGAAAACGGCAGCAUCAUGAAAUUCCAACAACAGACACUUCCAUUGAAGAGCGAAGCUGAUAGCGUUCCUGCGACUCCUUAUCAAGAUCAACUGAGAAGCGUGAACCCAGUGCCCAUUCCGGACACGAUAAAACCCACCUUUGGAAGACAAAAUUCGAACGAGUCUGUUGGCUCGUUGUCGGACAAGAAACUCAGUGGAUCGUACGCCAAUGAGGGCCAAGACGUUGUCAGGGAAACGUACUCGGGUCUUCCAAAUGCCUCCAAACCACCUACUUCGUACUCACCACAGCUGCAGCAGCAGAUAAGAUAUUCCCAGAACGGAUACAUGCCUUAUAUACAACCUCAAACAACGUAUCCCCAAACUCAGACAUCACACCCACGGAAUCAAGGUAUACCAAUCUCCCAGACGCAGAAACCAGCCAGCCCUUAUCCCAGCCAAAUGCACGGUCAAUACGUUCAAAACAAUGUCCAGCAACAAAAGCCCAUGUGCCAAAAGAACAGCUAUCAAACGUACUACCAGUUAGAGCAACAGCACAAUCAGGUGAACAAGCAAAUGUCCCAACAGCAACAGCCCAACAGCAAUCAGAGGAUCGGUAACCACAACGCCAGCCCUAUAACGGUCCAGCAUUCUCAGCAGCAAUUCGCGUAUCCGCCGACCCAGUCGCCGAGCCCUUAUCAGAAUCAAUACACCCACAGUUCCUAUCAGGGCUACCCCUAUCAAACGACCCCCCAACAGAACCGAGUGAACCAACCGUUGCCCCAGUAUCAGCCGCCACCGAAUCCACCCGCUUCUUAUCAACAGCAGCAAGCUGCGCAAAACUAUCAGCAGAGACACGAGAACUAUCAGAGACCUCCGCAGAAAGCUGAUCAACAGAAUAUCCUGGCGCCGAAUCAGACCUAUCCGAAUCCCCUGCAAAACGGUCAGAUACAAUCGAACAUGAAGUAUCCGACGUAUCAGCAUCCGCCUGUGUCCAAACAGAGCAAACAGAUGCACUUUGUGUCCACCGCGAAGGGUAGCGCUACCGUCGCUCCCCAAUCCACGUCUUCCUUGCAGAAACCCGCGGUUUCGACCACAGCUCGAACCGCACCCUGCCAUCUUUGCCGGAAGAAGCAAGUGACCGAGCCAGCGAUCUACUGCUCGGACUGUGACUUUUAUAUGUCCCGUUUUCGACCCAAGAACUGAACUUUUUAAUCGACGAAUGGAAGCACUUUUGUAGAGACUAUCGCACCUUUGUA